AAAGUUGGUAGUUGGUCGUGGUCGGCGUCACACACCCUAAAGCAAAGGGUGUGCAAAUAGAGUUGACAUCCUGUCGUUUUAGUCACUGAACUCUCUUUGAGAGACGAAUGCAGUACUAUUGUCACCGUUUGUGAGGGCCUGCCGUUUUGUAGGACUCGUACAUACGCAAUAGAUAGUCAAGCAGCCGUGACGCAAACACCCUUGCCAUGGCAAGGGACCAAUGUAGCCGCAAUCAAGAUUUUGAAUAGGGAGGCGUCGCAUUUUGCCAUUCUCGCUCUUUUUUCUUUCAAAUGAUUCUUUUGAUUCAUAUCAGUCUGUUGAAGAUGACAUUCGAAGAGCCCAGCCUAACUGGAAAUGAACCCUCUCUCCGUCUUGACAUCUGAAGUUUCAUGCCGUGUGCUCAAUUGCAUCCUUUUGUUCGGAUCAAUCAGUCAUCACUAGAAAAAGUUCCUCAUCAUGUCUAGUUAUCAAGAGUAUUCCUACCACAAAGAGCCUCUCAAGAAGUUGGCUGUCAAUCGUGAGUGUAUUUCCGUUCAUAUUGGCCAAGCCGGCUGUCAAAUUGGAAACGCUUGUUGGGAGCUGUACUGCUUGGAGCAUGGCAUUCAGCCUGAUGGUCAAAUGCCAUCCGACAAGCUUAUGGGCGGAGAUGACUCUUUCACCACCUUCUUCGCCGAAACUGGCGCUGGCAAACACGUGCCCCGUGCCGUGUUCAUAGAUUUGGAGCCCACUGUCAUUGAUGAGGUCCGAACUGGAACCUACCGCCAACUGUUUCACCCUGAGCAACUGAUCACCGGAAAAGAGGAUGCCGCCAACAACUACGCCCGAGGACAUUACACUAUUGGAAAAGAGAUUGUUGACCUGGUUUUGGACCGAGUUCGCAAGUUGGCCGAUCAAUGCUCUGGACUGCAAGGAUUCCUCUUGUUCCACUCUUUUGGAGGAGGCACCGGAUCUGGAUUCACCUCUCUUCUCAUGGAGCGACUCUCAGUCGAUUAUGGCAAGAAGUCCAAAUUGGAAUUCUCCAUCUACCCUGCUCCUCAAGUGGCGACUGCCGUUGUGGAACCCUAUAAUGCCAUCCUGACCACCCAUACGACUUUGGAACAUUCCGAUUGUGCCUUCAUGGUCGACAAUGAGGCCAUCUAUGAUAUCUGUCGCCGUAACUUGGACAUUGAACGGCCCACCUAUACUAACUUGAAUCGACUCAUUGGGCAAAUCGUUUCUUCUAUUACUGCUUCCCUUCGAUUCGAUGGUGCUCUGAAUGUGGAUCUUACAGAGUUCCAAACCAACUUGGUACCAUACCCCAGGAUCCAUUUCCCUCUGGUCACCUACGCUCCAGUCAUCUCGUCCGAAAAGGCUUACCACGAGCAACUGUCCGUGGCUGAGAUCACCAAUGCUUGCUUUGAGCCUGCUAACCAAAUGGUGAAAUGCGACCCUCGUCAUGGCAAGUACAUGGCUUGCUGCCUCUUGUACCGUGGUGAUGUGGUGCCCAAGGACGUAAACGCCGCCAUUGCCACCAUCAAGACCAAGAGAUCGAUUCAGUUUGUCGAUUGGUGUCCCACUGGUUUCAAAGUUGGGAUCAAUUACCAACCACCUACUGUGGUCCCAGGUGGAGACUUGGCCAAGGUGCAACGUGCCGUUUGCAUGUUAUCCAAUACCACGGCCAUUGCCGAGGCUUGGGCUCGCUUGGACCAUAAGUUCGACCUUAUGUAUGCCAAGCGAGCUUUCGUUCAUUGGUACGUUGGUGAAGGUAUGGAGGAAGGCGAAUUCUCUGAGGCCCGUGAAGACAUGGCUGCGUUGGAGAAGGAUUAUGAGGAAGUUGGUCUCGACUCCAUCGAUGCUGAAGGCAAUGAAGGGGACGAAUAUUAAGCCUUUGGCCCCUGCUUGCAACCCUAUGGGGAGGGGUGAUCUCGGAAGCACAAUUCUCUUGUUUAACUUUGUCAAAUAUUAUGGACUUGCUCCCCAUCACUUUGAAAACUCUCUCCAUCUUCUGAUAUCCCAUUGGAAUAAUAAAACAUUUGGCACUUUA